AACGUAGCAAAUGUUUACCGCUACAGGCAACAGCAAGCGGUGAAUUUAGGUUCUUGGUUUGUGCAUGAAAACUGGAUGACACCCUCCGUGUUUGACUGUGCGGCUGGGAAGAAACUUUCUGAAAUCGAUAUCGCAACUGGAUGGGGCUCAACCACCUCUGCUCGAGCUGUUCUGGAACGCCAUUGGGAUACCUUUAUUAUGGUCUCUGACUUCGAAUAUCUUGCUAGUAUCGGAAUCAACACCGUUCGACUGCCAAUCGGCUAUUGGAGUCUUGGUCCGGGUUUCUUGGCUGGAACGCCCUUUGCUAACGUUGCUGAUGUCUAUCAAAAUUCUUGGUCAAGGGUCAUCCGUGCAGUCAACUGGGCUGGACACUACGGCAUCGGCGUACUUAUCGACUUGCAUGGAGCGCCUGGCAGUCAAAACGGAGAGCCACAUUCCGGAGUGUCCGACCAUCAGAUAAACUUAUUCAAUAAUCCGGAUAACGUGGAUAAAACGAUCAACGUUUUGACUUUUCUGGCACAGACGUUUGCUAGCGUUACCAACGUGGUCGGACUAGAGCUCUUGAAUGAACCCCAGUAUAACUCUGUUCUUGAAGAUUUCUGUACGUCGGACACUUCAUCGGCCUCUGAGUUCCUUCCUAUUUAUGUGCAUGACGGGUUUGACCUUGAACGGUUCAGUGCGUUCGUAUCAAAAAGGAGUGACUUCGUGAUCCAGGACCAUCACUCCUACUUUGUCUUCACCCCUUCAGAUAUCGAGGAGCCUGCGUCUCAACACACGAACGAUGUUACUCAUGGCAUUGCUUCCUCUCUGGCUAAUGUAUCCUCGGGUCAACGGUGCAACCUUGUCGUCCACGAAUGGUCUUGUGCCUUGACCGAUCAAAGUCUCGCUGGCGAAUCGAACAAGGACAAAGCACGCAAAGACUUCUGUGCUGCGCAGAUGAAGGUGUAUCAGGGUACUACUGCCGGCUGGGCAUUCUGG